AUAAGAAUUUUUUUUAUAAUUUGUUUAUAGCUAUUUAAGUUGUUCUUAAGUUUAUAAAAAUUAAAAAAUUUUCCUAAAUUUUCCCUUAUCUAUCUGUAUUCCAAUAGGCGGAAGAAGAACUAAAUGCCUCACAACACGUGGUGAACAGACAAAUUGUGACGUCACCGGUUCCCCUCUACCCUUCUCAAGAAUUAUAUAUAUAUACCUAUAUUUAUUUGUUUUUUGAACAAAUUUGAUCAAUGAAUAUAUCUCUUAACGAAGACAUGAAUAAACAUGAGAGAUUCGAUGAAAAUGAUCUAAGACGAAAUUUAAGGAAAAUUUUCCUUGAUAUCAGCCGCUCCAAUCCCAAUGAUCAUUUUCAGCAGAAUCAAUUUUUAACUACAGAUAUGUUUAAUCUUAAAAAGAGCCAUUUGGAUAUAAUAAUUAACUUUUUAAUUCACUGGUCAAAAUGCUCCUUAAAUAACAGAAUUUUAGCAACAUCGGUUUAUAUUACGUACGCAAGAAGCGUAUUUUGUCACUCUAGAGCCACAGCUACCGAAAAAGAUGUCGCACGGGCGGCAAGCGAGUACUUCUCUGAUCAUGGAGAUUUACAUACAUUUCUCAAAGUUUUUGAUAAAUGGUUAGCUCUACCAGUAGAUGAGAGAAAGAUAUUUUGUGAGAAAAAUUGCCUUGAUUAUUAUUAUUUGGCUUACAUUGAUUUUUACGUUAGCCAAUUAAAGAAUUUGUUUUGCGAUUGUUUGUUAAAUGACGAUGAUCUUCCCUUGAAAUCGUUGAUUACGUUCUUACAUGAGCAUCUUGUUGUAUAUUCCAAAUAUGAUAGAAUUGGAUACAUGAAUUCAUCAAAAAAUUAUCUUCGGAUGCAUCCUGAAAGCGUUUUCAAAACGAACUAUCUGAGCCCUCCAGACUAUGCCCUUGCAAUUCUAGACUAUCAUUCAACUGAUCGAAUUUUUGUAAUAAAGCUAGAUUUAGAAGAUUCAACUUAUCUACGAGACCUUGAUUUAGCAGUUAAGAAAGAAAAUAUAGAACGAUAUGCAUUUGGUCCUUUUUCACAAAGUUUUCUUCUUGAAUUAAAAUUAAAUAGUUUUCAAAAUAUUCAACGCGAAUUGAAAUAUGAAUUUCAAGAUAUCUCAGGCGAGGCAGAGAAAAGGCAACUAAGCUCUUUCAUCAUCUGUGAUGUUGAGAAUGAAUACUUUGUAGUGUACUCUACUGUAAUUCUAAAUACCGAGACCAUUUCUGAGAAAAUUAAUGCAGUUGUUCAAAUAUGGACGGAAGAGGAAAUUUUUACUGAUUCUAAAUUAAUAAAUUAUCCACACAAGAAAGCUCCUUUGGAAGUGUGCGUUAAACCAGGAUUCGAAAUUGAGCCAAGCUUGGGUAAAAAUUAUAAGAGCUUUUUCAUUUACAUUGAUAAAACGAUUCUUCAACUAUCAAGAAAAACUCAAAGUAUUGAUAUAAAAAAGGAACUAAUACAGAAACUUAACAAUUCUUUUGCAUUUUCCGUGGAUGAUUUCAGAGUAUGUAGAUAUAGAAACUCUACACAAUUUCCUUAUCUUUGGGGAAAGUUAAUUCUACAGACCGUCAAUUCAUACGAAUUUCUCGAUUUGAAUCAAUCUAACACAUGGUAUGGUUUAUCAAAAGUCUUACUAAAUAGUGAAGAAAGAGCCAUCGGUCCCUGUGUUGAUUUAGAAUUAAAAGCAAGAAACGAUACACAGACGGCAUUUUUAAUUUGCUUUGAAGGUGAAGAAAAAGAUUGGAGUGCAGGUCUUCUUGUUCACAGAGUGUUUGGUUCGAUUCAAAAUGUAUCUGAAAGAGUUGUUUACCUAGAACUAAGCAACUCGCUUGAUUCUAACUCUUUUAUUUAUCCAUCAGAGGACGACAUAAAAAAAGAAUUUUCUUUUCAAUACCAUGUCGAAGUUGUAUGGGUUAAAUCUGUUCAACAGCAGGAGCCAAUAUCAAUCAGUCAGAUUUGUUCAAUGGCAGACAGCUUGCAAGAUAUGUUUAAUCAUUUUUACAAGGACUCUUUUUUCCAAAUUUAUGAAAUGAACUCUUCUGAAUCCCUUUUAAGAGCAAGACUAUUUUUCAAGAAUCCACAGGAGAUAAUAAGCCUAAUUUCAACGGAACAUAGUUUUCCACUAAAUCAUCGUGUACGCAUCAAGGCUUCUUCUUACAAGUUAUCGGUUAGUUAUGAUCCUUAUGUUUAUUUCCAAUUAAAUUCAUUGGAAUAUGACUGCUUAAAAUCAAAUAUAUACUUUUUCACGGAAUUAUUUGAAUUCAAAGUUUUGAAAAAAACUAAUCAACAAACUCAAAAUGUUGAAUUAAAGUUUAUAAUUGAUAGACCUUUGGAUAUUUUUGUUUUGAGUCAUUUCAUAAACUAUUUACAACAAUUAAGAGAAAUACUGAACGAGGGAAAGAAUACUUUUAAUUCAAAAUGUCGAAUACAGUCCGAUCAUACUUAUCAAAAAAUUCCAGAGGAAAAGUUAAAGCUAUUAACAACCCAAAUGUUCGACAGGCUGUUAGUUCAUGAUGAUGCAUUUUUGGUUCAUAAUAAUAUACUUUUGGAAAAGUCUUCGCAUUAUUUAAGUUUAUAUAAUAGUGAUAUCAAUUUACAACUCAACGAUUUGUGCGAUCUAGAAUGUUCAAAGCAAUUUCUCUCCACUGUAGUAAAGAAGCUUUAUAUAAGAUCUACAUUCGAAGAAACUUCUAACCUUCCAUCUAAUACUUGUGGCAAUGAAGCUACAUUGCUUUUCAAGGUCGUGGGAAGGAUAAGACACAACUGCAGUUUCGAAAUUGAUUAUGAUAGCUUAUAUAUUCCUGCAGAAAAUUACAUAAUGGAUGAUUUAGCGAAGAGUUCUAAGCAGUGCGAAUUGCCUAUAUUAAACAGUGCAUUCAAGCAAACGAUAACGGAGACUAAUGAAGAACGAAAUAUUCAAAUUCAUGCUAGGAGCCUAAAUGCUUUGUUUAAUAAGUUUGGAUUUAGAAAACUGUCUGGAGAUGUUUGCGGCAUAGAAUACACUCUCAAAGGUUGUCACUUGAAAAAUAUUGCAACUCAAACAGAGAUUCAAACAUACUUUGGGGUAGAUUUAUUUGUCGACGAGGAAUCAGAUACUGAACGGAUUAUCUCAUUAAAUGAUAAGUGUAUACAAACAACUAAAAUUAGUGAAUCAAUGAAUUAUACGAACUCAUCUCAAAGUAUACUUUGGCAAGCAUUCAAGAAACACGAAAUGGAUAUUGGUUUAUUGUCUGAAUUCCUCGUUACUUAUGCAUUUGAUAUUGCCCCACCUAUGACCUAUAUGAAAAAUCUGCAUAUAGCUUUCGCGAAAGCUCGAGAAAACUUGAAUGAUGUAAUUUAUAAUAAACGAGCGGAACUUGGAAAUAUUAAAAUAAUAAAAAAUCACCGACAAUUACUGCUAAUGUCGAUAGAUAUGCAAGCCCUGUCAAAUGCAGCAUUUAUUAUUGGUAACUUUCUAACAAAUACUCGACAUUGUUGCAUUUGCUUUGAGACAGAAGUUUGCGAUAAUACAAUGGAAUUAACAUUAUGUGGACAUUUCUAUUGUGUUUCUUGUUUAAAAAAUCAGCUUAGUGCAUCGAAAUCUAUGACAUUUGAAUAUCCCCUGUUGUGCGCAGAAGAUAAGUGCUAUAAACCAAUACUUAUGCAAGACAUAAAAAAAGUUAUAAGUACUGAAGAUGUCGCUAGCUUCAUUCAGCUAUCAAUGAACAGAUUCAUUGCAAUGAAUAAAAAUUUAAUUCGAGUCUGCCCAACGUCCGAUUGCGAAUAUGUCUUUGCUACAACCACUGUUAGAAAUAUGUUUAAAUGUCCAGGAUGUAAAACCAAAACCUGCACAAACUGCAAUCGAACCUGGCAUGAAGGUAUACCGUGCGAUUUCUUUAGUUCAUCUAAAGAAAUAGAUCCAAAACUAACAGAAUGGAUGAAGCGUAAUCCAAAGAAUAGAAAAUUAUGUCCCAACUGCCUAAUCGGUAUAGAAAAAUUAGAAGGAUGUAAUCAUGUCAUUUGUUCUCUGUGUAAACAAGAAAUGUGUUGGGAAUGCUUAAACAAGCUGGAAGAAUGCAUAUGCCAGGAAGACGACUCUGACAAUAAUAAUUCUGAUUCCGAUGAUCAAUCUCUGAAUAGUGUCUCUGACAUGGAGGCAACGGCUUCUUCAAUAACUUAUAACUUUGAUAUAAUGACUGAUGAAGAAACUGAAAAUUCACCAAAUCUUAUGGAAGAUAUGUUGCCAGAAGCAAUUAAUCUGAGACAAACAAAUCAGGAAAUUUCAACCACUUUAUACGUCUUAAACUCCAAUACUCCAACGAACUUAUUAGAUUCUACUGAAGAUAAACAUUUUGAAAAUAAAUAUGCAGUAAAUUUGAACACGUCUGAAAAUAUUGGAGAAAAUUAUUGGACAGACGUGUUUGAAAUUAUCAAUGAGCAGACGGGAGAUAAUUAAACUCAAAAAAAUUAAAUGUAUAUAACUUUUUCUGUUCAGAAAAAACGGUUAUCACCUGGUUUAUACAAGUAUUGCUAAAAUAACGUAAAAUAAAAUUACUUCAAGAGUUGUUUGUUAUCUUCAUAAGAAAAAAGUCUUAACACCUAGAUAUUAACUACGGCCUACAAAAAGAUGUCAUAGGAGA